GCUCUGCGGGGGACUCGGCCGCACACCGUGAAUCCCCCUCACCUCACCCCGCUGGGGGCAGCCGGGCAGGGGGCGCGGCGCAGCCUCCCCCGCCCCUAGAGAAGAGCGGGCGGGGCUCCGGGUGGGCUGGGACCGGACAAGGGCGCUGGGUGUGUCCUGGGGAGUCUCUCGCUGACGCUCGGGCGGCGGGCGGGCAGGCAGGUUCCUCCCGGUACCUGUCGCUGCAGCGCUGGGGCCAGCCAGGCUGAGCGGCGCCCCGACCCGCACGGUCUGUCUCGCAGGGCCCGGCCGCCGCUCCGCUGGAGGUGCUGCGUGGCGCAGAGAUGUUAGACUCCCCGCCCUCUGGUUACCUGGUGGGCUGGGGACACCGUGCGGGGGACGGGCCCUUGCUCGGCUCUCCAGCCAGUGGCCUGAGGUGAAGGAAACAAUUGGCCUGGAGGGAACCUGCUGCCAGCAGCAAAGUCUUUCCUAGGCUGUGGUCCUGCACAAAAGGAACACCAGACAGCUCAGCAUCCAUUAAAAAAAUAUUGUUUAUCCAUACAGGAAAGGGCACUGGAGGCCACUUUCUUAAUUAAAAAAAAAUGACUAUGUUCUCUUCUUUGAAUUAGUUCCUAGGUGUGGUCAAGGAUUAUAACGCACCAGAAAUAAAUCAGUGGGACUGAAAGGUUUUUAUAUCUAUGUCAAUGAAGUCAUCCUUUCCCCACCCUUACUUUUUCAGUCUUUUUGGGGUGGGAGGCGUGAGGGCAAUUUCCCAGAAUGAACCUGAAAGGAACUUGUAAUCAUUGUUAAUUUGUAUAAAUACUAACUUAGUUUUUAGACUACUCUUUCUAGAUAAAGACAUUCAAAGAAGUAAGAGAGGCUAAAUUGCUAUUAAUGUACUGAUAGUAUCCAGGAAGAUACCAGUGACUUUAUCACAUCAGCAUUCACAAUGUGAUGACUGUGACAUCAGUAUAUAUACUUGAAAACUAAUCCAAUUAAAGAAGCUGAUAUCAGACAGGACUAGAAAGAGUGUUUGUUUGUGUGUGCUUGUUUGUAAAAGAGUGCAGGAUAUCAUGGCAGAGACUUCAGUGGAUCCCUCAUCUUUACCUGUAAUAAGGAAGAAGAAAAGUUUAUCCAUUGAGGAAAAAAUUGACAUAAUAAGUGCUGUGGAAAGUGGCAAGAAAAAAGCAGAUAUUGCAGCAAAAUAUGGCAUAAAGAAAAAUUCAUUGUCUUCAAUUAUGAAGAAUAAAGAUAAGGUUCUAGAAGCCUUUGAGUCCUUACGAUUUGAUCCUAAAAGAAAAAGACUAAGAACAGCUUUUUAUACAGAUCUGGAAGAGGCAUUAAUGAAGUGGUACAGAAUUGCUCAGUGCUUGAAUGUACCAGUAAAUGGCCCAAUGUUGCGUUUCAAAGCUAAUGAUUUUGCUCAGAAACUUGGACAUUGUGAUUUUAAGUGCAGUAACGGCUGGCUUGAUCGUUUUAAAUCAAGAUAUGGUUUAGUAUUCAGAUCUCAGUCUAUGGAACCUGUGGCUACUACAGCAGAUACUUUAACUGUUUGGUACCAAAAUGUUCUUCCUUAUUAUUUAAAUGAUUAUCAGCCAAAAAAUGUGUUUAAUGUAAAGGAGACUGGAUUGUUUUAUCGGAUGUUACCUAAUAAUACUUUUGCAUUUAAAGGGGAAACUUGUUCUGUUGGCAAGCUAAGCAGAGAGAGAAUAACUGUAGUGGUUGGUACAAAUAUGGAUGGCUCUGAGAAACUUCCUUUGCUUGUUAUUGGCAAAAAUAAAAAUCCGCACUGCUUUAAAGAUAUAAAGUCACUGCCUGUGGAUUAUGAGGCAAACGAUAUGGCAUGGAUGACCUCAGAAGUGUUUGAACAAUGGAUGCGUAAACUUGAUGAGAGAUUUCAAGCACAGCAGCGGCGAGUAGUAUUUUUUGUUGACUCUUUCCCGGCUCACCCAGAGGUAAAGAAUCUAAAGUCUAUUGAACUGGUAUUCUUUCCUCCAUGCUUAUCAUCCAAAUUUAUAGCUAUGAAACAGGGAGUUAUAAGAAGUCUGAAAAUCAAAUACAGGCAUCGUCUUAUCAAGAGAUUUGUAGACUGUGUAGAAGGUAGUAAAGAAUUUACAUUGACUCUACUUGAUGCAGUUGAUAUGUUGCACCUGUGCUGGAGGAAUGUAACUCCAGAGACUGUUGUUAAAAGUUACAAAGAAGCAGGAUUCAAAUCACAAGCGGGGGAAAAUGGUGACACAGACAGGGAGAUUGAAAGUGGUUUAGAUUUGAUUGCACAUGCAUUGGCAGCUGGGGUAGAGUUUCCAGAAGGUUUAUCUUUGGAGGAAUAUGCAGCUUUGGAUGAUGACUUGGUAACAUGUGAAAUGCCCACAAAUAAUGAAAUGAUACGGACCAAAGAAAGCACUUCAGUUAAAACUGAGUUCUUUGUUUAUGAUGAAGAGGAAGAUGAAGGUGAUGGAUCUCCAGGAAUUGAACAGCCUUUGCCAUCAAAAAAUGAGGCUCUGACUGCUUUAGAUACUCUUCGAAGGUUUCUCAGAGGUCAAGACAUGAAUGAGUUUCUUCAUAAUUCCCUAGCAGAUCUAGAUAAUUUUGUUCAGCAUGUAGCAUCUAAAUGAGGGUUUAUCCAAGUAUGAAAGCAUUUAAAUGGAAAAACUAGUUAUUUAGCCAGUUAAAAAUCAAAUAAAAACCUGCAGCAUGGUUCUGUGGUUUGCUUUGCAAACAUAUAUCUAGGUAUGAUGAAUAAAAUUUUAAAAUAAUAGAGCUCUGAACUGAGGACUUCCAAGGAUAAGGGGAUGAUAAACUAAAAUUGGAUGGGGAGAGGAGUAACCAACCUUUGUGUAUUCUUGGGCCUUUUAACUUGAUAACUGUGGAAGGUACAAGAAAAGUAAAAAUGAUUUUCCAGUUGAUAAAUGUAGGCGAAUAUUGAACUGGCAGUUUGUUCCCUUUUUUUAUUGAUUUUCCGCCGUCCCUCCCCCCAUGAAUAGUCCCACUGAAGUUAGUGGAAGUUUGUAUAGUAUUUCAAUAACGAUUUAUAAGAUUAAGCCUUAGGACUUUUACUCUGUUUUAAAACCCCCCCUCCCAAAAAAAGUUUGAGCUCUUAGCGAACUAAAGUUUUUUUAAUGUAGAACUUUCUUCCUGUUAAAGAAUCCUAGUGAUGAUAUGUAGAUAUCAGAAUUUGUUUUUUAAAUGGGAAACAGUGGAAAAUUGGUGCUUGUUUUAUUUUUAGAAGAUAUGUUUGACCUGGAUCUAUAUGAAUAGCACAACCAUGCACCAAAGUUUAAACAAAAACAAACUUGACACUAUUUGAUGGGUUGUACAUCAGAGUUCAAAAUGGAGACCCACUUAACUCUAUUUCAGCCUUUAGAUAUCUGAAAUUUGGGUUUGAUAUAGACCCGUCUAUACUACUACUAUAUUUUUCUGUGGUAAAUAGAACAAUUUAGGAUUAGAUUAUGCAGUAUCUGCAUUAUAAAUCUCACAAAACUCUUGUAUUUACUGCACUCAGUAACAGUAUUGAUAUAAACCAAGUAAAGUACUUAAACUUGUAUUUGUGAAAUACAUAAUAUAGAAGCUUUAUCUAUACUAGGAUUUUAUGCACCAGUGAAAGCUCAUAAUGUACAUGUGGUUUGAAUUGGUGCAAUUUAUAACAUGGUAAAUUACACUGCACUCCUAAACUGAGCCUAGAGUAGAGGCAUGUCAGAGUGCAGCUACAUGAGAGGCUAAAAUCCCACAGUAGAUGAGGUCUAGCAUUUGUAAAACUUAAAACAAAAACAAAUGUUCAUUUUUAAGCAUAUUGUAGAUAUUUCUUUACCAAAAUAUUAGUUUUUUAAAAGUCAAUAACUUUAAAGUUUUUCUGAUUUUUGAGAAAAUACUAUAUUUUAUAGGAGUACUUUAGAAAACCUCUAAGUGUUAUAGAAUCUAUUGUUGGAGCUAGUAUCUAAACCUUACUCCAUGUUUUUUAAAAUUCUUGGUUAUUUUAAUGUUCUGUUUGGAAAUUAAUAGUUCGAGUGAGACUAUAUUUAUUUUACAUUUACAGGAUACUGUAUCCAAUUGUAAAUACAAUGUUUUCUGGUAGCAGAGAUGUAUCAAAGUGUUAUCUUACGAAUCAUGAUGUUCCUUUUCAUGUGACAAAUUUCCUAUGGCUAAAUUGCAUGAAUCUUUCAGGAGAAUUGUUGUCUACAACGAUAUUAAUUAUCUACUUUUUGGUUUCUUGUUUCAAAACGACUAACAGUUCUAUAAAAAAAAAAAUUGGUCUCCUUUUCUGAAUGACAAAUACAGUCAACAUCUGACCCAGAGAUUUAUAGAUUAUGUAGAAAACGCAUCCCACUCCAUCGUCCUCUUAGAAUGCUGUUGGAAGAAUAUAGAUUUUUGUGGAUUGUAAAUUGGAAGGAUAGAUUGUGUCAGUCACUAAAUGCUCUCCCAAUGUUUAGAAAACAUUACUUCUUAUACAAGCUAAGGCUAUUUUAAAGCUACAGAAAAUGAAAGGUUAAAUACCAUAAAACCUGUGACUAAUUUUCCUUUAAUAUUAUUAUGAUUUGAAGCUUGUCAAAUACUUUGUUGACAUAUGUUUACCUUAGUGUGGCUCCAAUUAAAGCAAAAUCCCAGUGGCCCUGAUCCUGCAAGCCAAUCUACCUAGCAGACCCUACAGCCGUGACAGUGGGUGUCAGUGGGUCUGCAGAUGGGUGCAGGGACCACAUGCUUAAAUUGCCUGGCUAAGGAACCUGACCUUGCUUCCUUCUAAGUCAAUGGCAAAACUUGAAUUAACUAAAUGGAGUAGGCUUGCACCCUAAAUAGUGAAGAUGAAUUAUCUUUAUUGCCUGAUGUAAUAAGUGAGCGAUGUAAAGGGGGCAUGAACACAACAGAAUUUUUUUUUUUUUAACCCAAGGUCUUGUGAAAUAGUUGGAAUCUUUGGAAACAGAUUUAGAAGAUCAGGAGAAACUGAAAUAAGCAGGUCUCUGAACAACUAAACAAGCAAAGAUAAUGGACAGCAAUAGGCACUAUAAUAAUGUUUUACUGAAAUAAUUUUAUGCAGAAUAGUAUCCUAGUAGAUCUUAUAAUUAUAAUUAAGAUUUUUUUUUUUUUUGCUAUUUUGUGCAGGGGCAAUGUGUGACCAUGGGAAAUACCAGAAAUUCAGGGGCUUGAAAAGUCUGAGUUUAUUCAUGUAACAAAACUAGGCAGGAGCAAGAAAUAAGUUAUUACUUUGACUUUAGACAUUGAAAGUGAAUUGUAGAUCUUUCAUUUAAAAAAAAAAAAAACCUCUCAAGAUUCCGUAUUUUUGAUAUUAUACACUUGAGAACUCAGUAUUUUCAAACCUCUUUUUUUUUUUUCAUGUUGAGGCCAGCUAUAGAACUCUUGCAUUGAACUAUUUUUGCAGCUAACCACAUUAAACUUGAGUAAAAUUUUCAAAAGCACCUGACUGACUUAAAAGUUUGUCUUGUUUUCAAAAGUGUCUUAGAAAGCCACUUUUGAAAAUGGGACUUAGGCUCUUAAGUCAAUUAGGUAUUUUAAGUCCAAUUUCCUAAGUCACUUUUGAAAACAAGACUCAAACUUUUAAGUCAGGUGUUUUUGAAAAUUUUACUCUUGCUCUCAGAACACUAGCCAGUACAAAAGUGAGAAUGCACUGUCUAGCAGCAGACUAGUAGCAGAACUUUAAAAUAAUUUGAGAUUCUGUGUUGAAACUUAAAACGGGUUCAGCUGUUGUUGUUUCAAGUGGUUGUAAUAUGAUCAACUGUUUCAGAGGGAAAAUAUUCUUCAAGUCUUGAGUGGUAAUGGUGGGAAAGGAAUUUGAAUAUGUAAAUAUAUUUUUAACUUUAGUCCACAUACUCAUUUAUGAAUAUUUUUUAAUUGCUUAAUGUAAAUCUGCCAAGCACACAAAGAUUAUUCAUUUUAAAAAGGGGAGAGGAUGAAAGGAAUUGUGGCUUCAAACUGAAAAAUGUUUGAAAUUAUGAACAUUUAUAUAAAAGGCAGUUUGCUUGACGUCAUUCUAUUUGUUAGGCUAUUAUUUUAUAUAUUUGUACACUUAUUCCUCCAUAGUCAUCCUCUUGCUUUAGCCUUCAGUGAGUUAAUAAUUUUGUACAGUGAGAUUGCACUUUUUAUUUUUAUUUUUUUUUAUUCAAAUCAGGUCUGUCAGAGUCAGUAUCAUAUUCUCACUGGUAGAUCAGGUAAGAAGGAAAAAGGAGCCAUCUUAAGAACAUAAUUUCAAUAACUUGCAAACAGGGCCAGAAAAAUAAAAAAUGUAAAGGUAUGUUUGAUAUACUUGAAAGCCUUCUCCAGCAUAAAGGUCACUGUUUAAAGUGUGUGUUUCAAGUUAAAUUUACUUUGUAAGACAACAUCUGCCUUAGAAAAUUUUAGUAAAAAUAACCCACUGGGGGAUUUUAUUCUUGUGGCAUAAUUCUGCAAGGUUCUGAGAGGUUCUAAGCAUGCACAACUCCCUUUGAAGUUGCUGGGACUUGAGGAUGCUCCUCACCUGACAUGAGGCUGUCAAUAUCUAGACUCCUAGUGCUUACGGAAAAUUACUUGGAAAAAUUUCCUAUGCAUCCAGAGAUCAACAAAAGAGAGGGCAGCAGCUUGUUUGAGAAAUGUAACCAUAUGUUCCCAUGUACCAGAGAGAUGUAAUAUUCUGACAGCUAGGUAAGCUGGAAGUAAUAGAUCAGUAGUACUGGGUUUUAUUACAUAUUAGUAUUUAUAUAAGUCUUGAGAACCACAUUUUUAAAGGUGCAAAAUUUUGUUCAAUAUGUUUUUAGUUGAAAAAUACUAUACAUUGUUAGUCCUUUUGUGUACAGUAGAAAACAUCAGUUAUAUGCAAGUAUAGAUUUAAGAGAUGUGGAUACAGUUUCCCUGUUUCUGGGGCACUGAAAAAGGAGGUUCAAGUAACCUAUAUUUUACACCAAAACCUCACUAAAUUUGUAGCUGUGAUUAGUAAUGGUCUCAACUGUAAAUUAGCUUAAAUUGUAACAACCACUAAAAUAUAUAACUGAAUACACAUUUAUGAGAUUCCUUGUGGUUUUGUUACACUGAAAUGUGAUAUAUAGCCCACUCCAAUAAUAAUACACUGAUUGGGGAAGCACAAACCCGACAGUACUAAGGACACUUGAAAAUGACAUGGAAGACCAUGGUGAUUUAUCACACAAAGUGAGAAACUUUUUUUUGCCAGUUUUCCUAGAACUUUUUUGUAUAAGUUUUGUCAGAACCUCACCAUUCUCUCUCACACAGAACCUUUACAAUUAAAACUUCUUGUCCUAUGUUAGAGCCAACACUCCUGCCUGAGAACUCCAUGGAGAUUCAUCCAGAGUCUGCAAAUGCCUCUUCCCAGGUUGCUGGCGUGCUCACUAUUGAAUUGAGCGAGGCACUCUUUCUCUUCCCCACCACCCACCUAGGGUCCUAUUCUACCUGUGAAGAGAAAAAAACACCUUUGGUGCAACCACUGAUCCACCAUAUUAAUUAAACCUAAACCAUGUUUAAAAUUCAGCAGAACCAGUAGUAGUACAGUGGGGAUUACUAUAUAUUGGGAAAUUUUAUAGAUAGGCUUUAAGGAAUGAGUGAAGGAAGUAGGGCUGGUGUAAGGAAGUUUUGCACCCUAGGCGAAACUUCC